AUGGUGUCGUGGUUCAAUGCUACGCGUGGCAUUGAUACGUUUUGGGCGGGACAAGAACCGCUGGCUGGAGGGUACGAGUGCUGCUUCUGUGGCAUUGAUCUAACCGAAAUUCAUUAUUCGGACGAGCGCGGCUACAAGUGUGCCCAGACAGAUACUAGACAGCGGUCCACGUCUCUACCAUUCCAUACUGGUUUCUGGGAACCUUAUCCCGCUGAAGAUGUGGGUAAAUCGAGACGACAAAUUCUCAGCCCUAUCCCGAGACGGGAAUUCCACCCUGGAGGAAAUCCGACUAAGAUGUUCCCUCUAAAUCGACCUUGCGAGUAUCAGUUCUGCGGCCAUGGUGAUCAACUGUUCGAAUUCGUUCCUUGCGGCAAAACUUUUACCACUAUCAAAGAACAAGAUGACCACAUGAGGUCUCAGGUGCAAACGAUGCAGAAGAAUGGCGCAAACGGUGACAAGGGGCCAACCUGCUUUUCAGAGCAUGCGCGAGGAAACGUGAAGGAGGCCGUAUCUACCGCGAAGGACUUGAUUUUGACUCAGUCGACGAUAUGA